GGAGCAGGGGCUGACACUACCCCCGUGUGGGCGGCGGAACGUCCCGAGGAUGACGUGCGGCGUUCUCGAAUCCCGUGGCUGGCUCGCUCGCUCGCUGCUGGUGCCGAAGGAAACGGGAAAAGCAACAAGAAGGCAGGAGCAGGAGCGGCGCCAUGGCGGCCCUGGAGCGGCCCGUGCCCAGUCCCGAGGCGUUCCUGGGCCAGCCCUGGGCCGCCUGGGUCCGGGAGGCCGCCCCCCCGCACGCGCACUGCGCCGCCCCCCCGCACAGUGUAGAUCUAGAAGAGACUGGAAAAGAGGGUGGAAAAAGCAGGGAGGUUAUGAGGCUUAAUAAAGAAGAUAUGCACUUAUUUGGCCAUUAUCCAGCUCAUGACGAUUUCUAUCUAGUAGUGUGCAAUAUCUGCAAUCAGGUAGUCAAGCCACAGGUUUUCCAGUCGCACUGCGAACGAAGACACAAUUCAAUGUGUAAACCUUCCCCAUCUCCAGCUUCUCCACCCUCCAAUUCCAGGACAUCACUAGUACAAAUUAAACAGAAAUCCUGUAUCAGCGGCCAUAACCCUGUCAGCAGCAACUCAAAGCCAUUCAAAACUCCCAAAGACAAUCUACUUACCUCCACUAGCAAACAGCACACAGUCUUUCCUUCAAAAGUAUCAAGGGAUAAACCAUGUGUUCCUGUUCCUGUAGUCAGUCUAGAGAAAAUUCCUAACCUAGUGAAGGCAGAUGGUGCCAAUGUUAAAAUGAAUUCUACAACCACUACCACCAUCACCUCCUCCUCAGCCUCUUCAUCCACCAUACCUGCUCCAACUUUGGUUAAAUCUUCUUUGACAUCUAAGUCAGUGCCACCAUCACCAGAAAAGAUUCUGAACGGCAAAGGAAUUCUAGCUCCUUCAAUAGACAAGAAACACCAAAACGGCACUAAAAGCAGUAACAAGCCUUACAAAAGACUUUCAGAAAGAGAAUUUGACCCAAAUAAACACUGUGGAGUACUGGAUCCUGAAACAAAGAAACCUUGCACAAGAUCACUCACCUGCAAGACUCAUUCGCUUAACCAUCGACGAGCAGUUCCAGGUCGCAAAAAACAGUUUGACAUCCUUCUAGCUGAACACAAAGCUCGAUCCAGGGAAAAAGAAGUUGCAAAAGACAAGGAGCAUCCACAGUCUAUAAGGGAAACCCAUCCGAGCCAUCCUACACCAGCACAGGAUUCUUUGACAGGAUCUUUACUGAACUCUGGGCAAGAACCUAAAGUAACAUUUCCUGCAAAAUCUAGACCACCCAAUUCUGUACUUGCUAGACCAUCAUCUGCAAAUAGUGUAAACAGCAACAGUUCUUCAAACCACAGUGGCUAUGUACCAGAACUGCCACUACCUUCCAUGGGAGGAGAUUUAGCUAGUAGACUGUCCAGUGAUGAAGGAGAAGUGGAUGGAGCUGAAGAAUCCGAGAAAUUAGACUGUCAUUUUUCUGGACACCACCCGAGGCCUCUUGGGUUUUGUUCAUAUGGCAGUCGCUUAAUGGGAAGAGGAUACUAUGUAUUUGACAGAAGAUGGGACCGUUUUCGAUUCGCACUAAACUCCAUGGUAGAAAAACACUUGAAUUCACAGAUGUGGAAGAAAAUUCCUCCUGCGGCAGAUAGCCCUAUGCCUUCUCCAGCAGCACAUAUCACCACCCCUUUGCCGGCAUCGGUUUUACAGCCUUUCAGCAACCCCAAUGCAGUGUAUAUUCCUUCAACACCCAUCAGCUCAAGAAUCACUUCUUCUUACAUAAUGACAUCAGCCAUGUUAUCGAACGCAGCCUUUGUGACAGCGUCGGAUACGAAUUCAAUUGUGUCACACACCACAGCUUUUCCUCAUGUGGCUGCAAGUUUAAGUAUCAUGGACUCAACUUUUAAGGCACCAUCAGCUGUGUCACCAGUGCCAGCAGUCAUCCCUUCCCCAUCCCACAAGCCAUCCAAAACAAAAACCAGCAAAUCCUCAAAAGUCAAAGACCUAUCGUCUCGUAACGAUGAGUCUUCAAGUAACAAAAAGAAAAAGUCACAGUCUUCUUCCUCUUCAUUAUCUUUGCAAACAUCCUCCUCGUCUUCAUUUUCAGGGUCCCACAAAAAGAACUGUGUCCUGAACUCUAGUUCAACUUUGAACUCCUAUCAGGCUACAUCUUCCUAUAACAGUAUGUCUGUACACAAUACAAACAAUGGAACAAGCCCACUCAGUGCCAAAUCGGAGCCCUCAGGACGGACUUCAUUAGCAAGUAGCUCAACUGACUCAGUAAAACACAUGAGCAUGGUAGUAAGCAGUAUUGAUUCCUCUAAUUUGUCUGCAUCCUCCUUUGUGCACCAUUCAGGGGACCAUUCCCUGGCAGUACAUAAUGCAGUGUCUUCUCUACCCCUUUCUUUUGACAAAUCAGAAGGAAAAAAACGUAAAAACUCUAGUACUAGUAGCAAAGCCUGUAAAAUCACUAAAAUGCCUGGUAUGAUUAGUGUUCACAAAAAGAGCACUGCCAACCUUAUUUCUACGGUGCCAGAUCCUCCAAACAGCUCUCUCUCUCGGCAGAUUGGAAAAAAUAGCAGUGUAGCUUUGUCACAAUCCAGUCCUUCAAGUACAUCAAACCCAGUACACAACAGACAAAAAACAUCAAAUCGGACUGGUAGGAUAAGGACUCUUCCAUAGCAAGGAAAAGGAACCAGCCUAUAAUCUCUAGCUCUCAGCAACCCUACACCACAGAGUUUUUAUUUUCUGUGUCCUGCAGGUGGAUUUAACCUUUUAUCAGUUUGUGGUUCUAAAUUAAAUUUACAGAAAACUGCUAUAAUAGUGGAUUGUUUAGUUUCUCGCUUGUAUUUGCCACUGAUCUGUGCAUUCUGCUUUGUUCUGUUUCAUGCCUUCUCAAGCUGUUAAUGUUGCUUUGCUCCCUUUGUUUCUUACAACAGUAACAGUGGACAUUCCAAAAUAAUCUAAUUCAUGGCUUGGAUUUUAAAUUGUCCCCCAAAAUUGUUGUCAUUAAUUACAAACUACAUUAAUCUCUGGAUUUGUGCUUGUUUUAUGGAUAAAAAAUAUUACCUAGUGCAUUUCUCAGCAGUUUGUAACAAUUGGGGCAUUGCAACUUUAAGAACUAAUUUUGAUGGGUGCUCAGCUCCCAUAACUCCCAUUGACUUCAUUGGGAGUUCUGAGUGCUCAGCGUCUCUGAGGAUCAGGCUCUUAAGGAGUCUGUACUCCAAUCAACGCAUGGAGGAUUUACACAUCUAACUCCUGCUAAAGUUAGUAGGAACGCAACGUGAAAAUUCCCCAUAUCGUGGUGGGAGUUGUGACCCCUAAUAUCAUACUAUUGGUUUGCUUCAUUAAACAAUUUGGGUUUGCAAGGACAGGAGUUGAACAGAUUGGUUUGCAUCAAUAGAAUUGCACUGACAGUGUUUCUUAUAGGAUUACUGAUUUUUUUUAUAUAAAAUGUAGAUUUUAUAAUCAGAAAAUUGAUACCAGGUACUGGAACAUUAGUACAGAGGAAUUAAUUUUUAUUUCUACAGUGUUAAAAGUGCACUUAUAUGCUGGUUUAUUUACAUCUUGGGGAAAGGAGAGACUGCAGAUAGUAAGGAGAUUACUUUUUUCUUUUUUUAAAAAAGAAGGCUUAAGGCAGAUUUUAAGAAUUAUAAAAUGUUUAAGGAAUUAUAAACGAGGCUAGAUCCUUUGAAAAAAGUUUAGAAGAUAUUCUUAAAGUAAAUUUUUAUAGUGUUAAUUUUGUAAUAAUUUAUGUUUUACUAUAUUUCGGAGCUAGCUGACCGGAAUAGUUUCAGAAACAGUAUGAAAUGUAGGAAAGUUUAAGCAAUGUUUAUAUUUUUAAAAUGUUCUUUGAAUUGUUUUUAUUGAACAUUUCUUCAGACUGAAAAAUGUGUACAUAUCUUUGUUAUUUUUGCACAAUUUUUGUCUUGUUCAGUUUUAGAAGCAGAACUAUGUUUGUUUUUUAAUUUAUUUUGGUUGUAAAACUGCAGGAAUUUAAAAAUCUUAGUAACAAAGUUACCCUCUGUAAUUGAUGAAGUGUCCCUCUGCUUCCAGAGGAAAAACAGUGCUUUUGGGAUUCAGCGGCUGCUUCUGAGAAAUAAUGCUUGUCAGUGACUGAAGGAGUAAUUCAUUAGUUUUAAGAAUUUUUAGCUCUUUACAUGCAUCUUUUAAUUGGAAAGCUGGAACAUGGAGACUAACCUUUGAAUGCUGCUUAAAUUUGUUUUCAACUGGCUUAGGCCUGACAGCAUUUGGUGAAAGCUAAGUAUCAAGUGAAAACCCAUGGUAUUUCUCCCUUCAUUAAAGAAGCAUUAUUUGAUUUUAUAUGUAUUAAAAACUUCAGCCUGAAAAGUGAAAUGGAAAUAAACCUUUUUAAAAAUGGAUAUAAACUGGACCAGCCUAUAAUGCAUUAUUAGUGUAGCAUUCACUCAGCAGUUCUUUUUCUCCCUCAUUUGCCUGAAGAUCUUGUGAUUUGUUUCCAGCAAUAUAGGCUCAGAAGCUUUGGUUGUUACACAUACGCAAUGCAUAGGCCCGUCAGCCAUAAAAAAAAUAAAAAAAGCAACUUGGAUAACUUGUAUGCCUUCUUUUGUAUUGAUGUAACAAUUGUAAAUAGUGCUGAUCGACCUUUGUAGAGAAUAGUUUAUACGGCAUAUUCUAUUAUUGCUGAUUCUCAGUGAACUAUUGUUUUAAAAAAAGAAAAAAAAUGAAAUUUUUCUAUUUACACCUUAUAUUUUGUUAUGCUGUUGACCCAUGGCACUUUAACAAAACUCUGUGGGUUUUGCAUAGCUGGUCAGUCAUGGGGUAUAUUAAAUAACUGUUGUUGCACAGAAAUGAAUUUGCACCUGCUAUAUUGUGCUUUCCUACUUCAGAUUUUAGAAAUUUUUCCAGAAAACUUUUGAAGAAAGCAUGUCCAAUCAUUCUAAAAAAAAUAAUGCCAUACUUGUACAGUCAAUUUCUUUUCUACAGUCCAUAUUUUGUAACACUAAGUAUUUUCAUUCUUUGUCCUGCACCUUUCUGUGUUAGCAGUAUCAAAUAGAAUUCAUUCCAUGCUUGUGAUAAUUGUAAGCAGAAUAAAUGUCUAAAGUAGGUGUAAAUAGUAAAUUCUAUGGCUUACAGUUUAAAAAAAGGAAAAACAGAACAAACAUGUAUCUGAUUGAUACUGCCAUGGUUCAACACCGGGCCUGGAGAUAUUCUCUAGUGAGCGAUUGUAUUUUUUGUUUUUUGCUUUAUUUUUUUUUUUUUUUUUUGUAACAUGGCUUUGUAAA